GUGGGGAGGCGGGGGGUGGACCUUCUGAAGCAAUUGGAUUAUCUUUUCUGCUGGACACUGGGAAGGUCUGUUUGUGCAGCUGAAGGCUAGAGACGGGUCCGAGCGUUGCACCCUUGGAAACAGCAGGUCCCAGCGUUCUGCUCCCCAGCUGAGCUGCCUGGAUGCUGCUUUGGUCUUUGAGCGCUUAACUCAAUAUUCCCUGUUCACAUGGAGGACCUCCUUGUCUGGGAUCAAGGAGACUGAAAGAUCCUUACCCUGAAUUUCGGAGGGGAUAAACCAUGGCUUAAACGUGAAAGGCAAAGCCCCAUUUUCCAUAGGCUGAAUAAUAGUCACCUGAAAUCUUUAAGACAAGCAACAAAUAUUUAAGAGACCAAGGAUACAGUGUUAAGUUAAGAAUCCGAGGAGUACAGCUACUGUGGCAAGAGGCCGGCCUGCCUUAGUGAAGGAAAGUGGAAGCAUAGUACUAUCCAAACGUUCACAAUGGUAAUGCAACAGUCCCUCCUAACCUGUUCAGGAGUGGUGUUUGCUCUGUACCUUCAUCAUGUCAUCAGAGCCAUCGAAGUUCCCCUCGAUCCAAAUAUUCAGAGUGAAUUGUCUCAACCUCCCACGAUUACAGAGCAGUCUGUGAAGGACUAUAUUGUAGACCCAAGGGAUAACAUCUUCAUUGAAUGUGAAGCCAAAGGGAACCCCAUUCCUACUUUUUCUUGGACACGGAAUGGGAAGUUCUUCAACGUGGCCAAGGACCCGAAGGUCUCGAUGCAGCGCAGGUCGGGGACACUGGUCAUCGACUUCCGUGGCGGUGGAAGGCCGGAGGAUUAUGAGGGGGAAUACCAGUGCUCUGCUCGAAACGAGUACGGGACAGCGCUCUCCAGCAAAAUCCUCCUGCAGGUUUCCAGGUCUCCCUUGUGGCCAAAGGAACAUUUGGACCUCGUAGAGAUCGAUGAAGGAUCCCCACUGACUUUAAAAUGCAACCCACCCCCUGGGCUGCCACCUCCAGUUAUCUUCUGGAUGAGCAGCUCCAUGGAGCCAAUCCACCAAGACAAGCGCGUCUCCCAGGGCCAGAACGGCGACUUAUACUUCUCCAACGUUAUGCUGCAGGAUGCCCAAACUGACUACAGCUGUAACGCGCGCUUCCACUUCACCCACACCAUCCAGCAGAAAAACCCUUACACGCUCAAGGUCCAAACCAAGAAUCCCCAUAAUGAAACGUCUUUUCGAAAUCACACUGACAUGUACAGUGCCCGAGGGGUUAUGGAAACGACCCCCAGCUUCAUGUAUCCCUACGGGACCUCAAGCAACCAGAUAGUGCUGAGAGGGGUGGACCUCUUACUCGAGUGCAUUGCUUCAGGAGUACCAGCACCAGAUAUCAUGUGGUACAAGAAAGGAGGAGAGCUCCCAACGGACAAAACCAAGUUGGAAAAUUUUAACAAGGCCCUUCGCAUCACCAACGUCUCUGAGGAAGACUCUGGGGAAUACUUCUGCUUAGCGUCCAACAAAAUGGGCAGCAUCCGCCACACUAUUUCAGUGAGAGUGAAGGCGGCCCCUUACUGGUUGGACGAACCACAAAACCUUAUUUUGGCCCCUGGUGAAGAUGGUAGACUCGUGUGUCGAGCCAACGGGAACCCGAAGCCUACAAUCCAGUGGUUGGUGAAUGGAGAGCCCAUAGAAUCUGCUCCUCCCAACCCAAGUCGGGAAGUGGCCGGAGACACCAUUGUAUUUCGGGAUACCCAGAUUGGCAGCAGUGCCGUGUACCAAUGUAAUGCUUCCAACGAACAUGGCUACCUUCUGGCUAAUGCCUUCGUCAGUGUUCUGGAUGUGCCUCCCCGGAUUCUUGCCCCACGGAACCAGCUGAUCAAAGUGAUUCAGUAUAACAGGACCCUCCUUGACUGCCCAUUCUUUGGCUCCCCGAUCCCCACUUUGCGCUGGUUUAAGAAUGGUCAGGGAAGCGCCCUGGAUGGAGAGAACUACCAGAGGCAUGAAAAUGGGAGCUUGGAAAUAAACAUGGCUCGGAAGGAGGACCAGGGAAUCUACACCUGCGUCGCCACCAACAUUCUGGGUAAAGCAGAGAACCAGGUUCGUUUGGAGAUCAAAGACCCAACUAGGAUCGUGAGAGGGCCAGAAGAUCUGAUUGUAAAGAGGGGCUCCAUGGUUCGAUUAGACUGCCGUAUAAAACAUGACUCUACGCUGAAACUCACAGUCGCCUGGCUGAAAGAUGAUACACCUCUGUACAUUGGAAACAGGAUGAAGAAGGAAGAUGACGGUUUGAUAAUCUAUGGUGUGGCUGAAAAAGAUCAAGGAGAUUAUACAUGUGUAGCCAGUACUGAACUGGACAAAGACUCCGCCAAAGCAUUCCUCACCGUGCUAGCUGUCGUGUCUGCUCCAACUAAUCGUAUGACAGCCUUACCCAAAGAACGACCUGAGCGGCCUCGUGACCUGGAGCUGACAGACCUGGCGGAAAGGAGUGUGCGCUUGACAUGGAUACCUGGUGAUGACAAUAACAGCCCAAUCACAGAUUAUGUGGUUCAGUUUGAAGAGGACAAGUUCCAGCCUGGGUCGUGGCAUAACCAUUCCCGUUAUCCAGGGAGCGUUAACUCAGCUGUUCUGCGCCUCUCACCCUAUGUCAACUACCAGUUCCGAGUGAUCGCUGUGAAUGAAGUUGGGAGCAGCCUGCCCAGCCUUCCUUCUGAACGAUACCAUACUAUUGGGGCAAGUCCAGAAAUCAACCCAACAGGAGUUCGAGGAGCAGGGACUCAAAAAAACAACAUGGAGAUAACUUGGACUCCGCUGAACGCAACCCAAGCUUAUGGGCCCAACCUCAGGUACAUAGUCAACUGGAGGCAAAGGGAUACGCGGGACAGCUGGAGCAACGAGACAGUGAGAACCACAAGGCAUGUUGUCUGGAAUACACCCAUCUAUGUGCCCUAUGAGAUCAAAGUGCAGGCAGAGAACGACUUCGGGAGAGCUCCAGAGCCUGACGUCAUCAUCGGCUACUCAGGGGAAGAUUAUCCCAAGGCUGCCCCCACUGAUAUUAGGCUAAAAGUUAUAAACAGCACAGCAGUCAGUCUCCAAUGGAGCAGAGUAUACCCGGAUACCAUCCAGGGACAACUUAAGGAAUACAGAGCCUAUUUCUGGAGAGAAAGUAGUUUGCUGAAGAACCUCUGGGUCUCCAAAAAAAGGCAGUCUGUGGGUUUUGUUGGAGACCGACCACGGGGCCUAGUGUCCCGGCUGUUUCCUUACAGCAACUACAAACUGGAGAUGGUUGUAGUCAACGGGAGAGGAGAUGGGCCUCGGAGUGAAAUUAAGGAGUUCACAACACCUGAAGGAGUACCCAGUGCCCCCAGGUAUAUCAGAAUCCGACAGCCUAACCUGGAAACCAUCACUUUGGAAUGGGACCACCCUGAACACCCCAAUGGAAUUCUCACUGGAUACAACCUUAGAUACCAAGCCUUUAAUGGAUCCAAAAUGGGCAGAACACUGGUAGAGACCUUCUCCCCAAACCAAACAAGGUUUACGCUCAAGAGGACAGACCCCAUCUCGCGCUAUAGAUUCUUCCUGCGUGCUAGGACACAGGUGGGAGACGGAGAAUCCAUUGUGGAAGAGUCGCCAGCCCCGCUGAAUGAAGCCACUCCAACCCCAGGUACCGUACCAACUGGAGGAGGAGCUGCAACCUUGUUGCCUACAACUACAGUCAGUCUGACCAGCACCACAGCCAUCGCCACAACCACCAUCACCACCGCAGCCACAACCACGAAAACCACGACAACCGUCUCCGGCACUGCAGCCACUACGCAGAGUGCUCCAACAGCCACCACUAGGCGGGAGUUUGCCACGAAUGGAUCAUCCAUAUGGAACGUAAAAGCUUUCACUAACAGUAACUGGGCAAACAUCACCUGGAGCCACAAUUUUUCUGCUGGAACUGACUUUGUGGUUGAGUAUAUCACCAGUAACAAUACAGUGAGAUCUAUCCCUGUUAAAGCUCAGACCCCUUCCUCCGUGCAGCUGGCUGACCUUACCCCCGGGAUGACGUACCAGUUGUGGGUUUUUCCCAAAUGGUCUAGCCCCAGCAAAACCUCUUACAUAACCUUUACGACAAGCUCAGCUUAUACCAAGAACCACGUGGACAUUGCAACCCAGGGCUGGUUUAUUGGGCUGAUGUGUGCCAUUGCGCUUCUGGUUCUGAUUUUGUUGAUAGUGUGCUUCAUUAAGAGAAGCAGAGGCGGGAAAUAUCCAGUGCGUGAAAAAGUUGAAGUCCUAGAUCAUGAAGACCACAAAGUAGAUGAUCCGUCAUUUGACUACAGCGAUGAAGACAACAAGGAACCGCCAGGCAGCCACACCUCCUUGGACGGCACAAUAAAGCAGGAAAGCGACGAUAGCUUGGUGGAUUAUGGAGAGGGGGGCGAAGGGCAGUUCAACGAGGAUGGCUCCUUUAUUGGCCAAUACACAGUCAAGAAGGACAAGGAGGAGACAGAAGGCAACGAGAGUUCAGAAGCCACAUCCCCCGUCAAUGCUAUCUACUCCCUUGCGUAACAAAAUACAAUGAAACCACAACGACAAAUAUAUACAUAGCCGUGGUGGUCAAACCGCCGCCGCCAACAGGAACCCGAGUAUGGAAAAAAAAAAAAAAUCCCAACGAAAAAAGAUCAAACAAAACCAGAACAGUCCAGGUGGUCACCAGUGCCAUCCUAUCCUGAGCAAACAAGUGAACAGCAAGGAUUUAUGGGGUGCUAAUGUGUUGUAGCUGUAGCUGAAAUCUGAGCUGAACCAAAGGGGCCAGAGAAAGAGCAGGACACACAGGUUCUACACCCCGGGCUUCAGAACUUGGACCGCCAACCCCUCCCCAUGUCUUCUUUUUUAGAUAACACAGCACUCUCUUUGGUUACUCGUUUACACUGCUGAGGUUUCUGGUUUUUUUCCUUUUUAGGUUCAAAGUUAUUUUUUGGAGAAAGGUCCCAAAUCAGAGAAAGGGGGAUUGGGUCAUGAAUCCACACAAGGAAGCAGGAGGGGUCAAUCAGCUAGGAAUAGAAACAACAUGUUACUGUAUUAACAGGACGUUCUCUGUGACUGUAGUUGAGAUGGACGUCUUUACAGCCAGCACCUCGCUCAUAACACCGCCAAAACAAGUCAGCACCACAAAGACCCUUCCUGUAAGGUGAAGCAGCAUUGCGCUGAACCCCAGAGGAAGACUUUGCUCAUGAGGUUUUCAUUGGUGCAGUUGGAUUUGUGUUAUACCUCUUAUUAAUGCUAAACAUCCACAUUGGGUUCUGUCACCAAGGAACCGAUGGGUGAGGUUACCCUGCAUCCAUGCUACUUAGCAAAGUAUUUUUGUUUUUUUUUAAGGGAUGUUGGGGAAGAAAUUUAGGACUUGAUUAAAGACAGACAGAUGCAGCUCACCACCUGACUCCAAGCGACUGCUAGCCACUGGAUAAUUAUGUGGGAGAUUCUUAUUUUAUUCUUAUUUUAUAAGAGAAAAAUAUAACCCCACAAACCCCACUACUUUUAAGGAAGAACCCAUAAAUCAGUGGAAAGCAAAGAGGAAGGACAAGUAUUAACAUACGAAAAAGGGACUAAGGGUUGAUAUCAUAUAUCCAAUCAUGAAAAGAUGACACCUAACAGCCGUGGGGGGUGGGUAAAAGAACAAAUUAUAUUAACCCAGAAUUGCAGCUGCUGCUAAGCUCCUUGAAAGUUUCAGGGAUGCCCAGGCCUGUAAAUGGCAAAGACACAGGACAUGGGAUCUCCUUCCACAUUAUUCUGAUCAAUAGGGUGUGAUUCAGUUUCUCAGUUAAAAAUCUCCUCUUAGGCUGGUGCAGCGGCCUUUUGCCCUUCGAUCAAUCACCCCACAGGAGAAAUUACCAUGUGCUUAAGGCUCCAUUUUGUUAUUUACAUAUCAAGACAACUCAGUUCAGCUAACCUGCUAAUACACUGUAAUAACAUGUCUUUAUAGGAAGUUCUAUCAUUACAAUGCUCUUCCAUAUGCCUUAUACAGCUUCAAACUUCCCCUGAAGUUUAAUAAACUAAGAAUAUUCACCCACAGCUUAAGCCCCUGACGUGAUGGUCUCUAAUCUGUCAGUCCACUAGGAAUAAGGAUGCUUGUGCAGCCCUUCCAUCUGAGACAGCAUGGAUCAUUGUAGAAGACAGAGGUUUAUAACAGACCGUACUUAGUGGCAAAUGCCAUUUGUCUUCUCCCCAUCUCGUGCACAUGUGAAACCAAAGGUACCUUUGCUGAGAGAGAUCAGAUGACUUCAGACAGUUUCACAGUUAUACAACGUUAGGCAGGGUUUUUAUUUUUUACUGAAGAAGAUGGUUCUGUUGGACAUAAUGGACUAAAUGCUGUAGGAUUCAUACAAUUGUUUUAGCUUUCAAGCUAUUUUGCUACAAAGACAUCUUGCUCACAAAGAUGUUUUUACUAAAAGGGAUAGUUUAGACACAUUUGCCACAUUCUCUAAAGCUGCCAUGAUAUCUAACAGCUCAACUAUUUUGCAUUUCUAAGAAAGAAACCCAAACUAGGUCCAUUCCUGUGCAACAUACUCAGUCAAACAAGCAAAGAAACAGGAGGGAGAGUUUAGCUGUGGCAAAGAAGUUGGAUGCACCAUGUGAUUCAGAAUGGGUCAUAGACUGCUGAUAAAAGACUGCCAAAGCUGCCUCCUAUGCAUAGGGUUACUCCUGCUAACAUGGUCUAAGCCACAAAGGAAAUCACCUGCCACGGUAGUUAACUUUUUCCUUUAGAGGGAGAAAAAUCAUAACCAUCACUCUGUUACUGUCAAUGUAAAUGCAUUACAGCCAGAGGCUUAAUUUUAAUGGACUCAGCUGGCAUUGUUCCAUAGCGAGGGGAGACCCUAAACCACUCACUUCUAGGGAAGAAAGCAGCCACCUCUGAGCAGUUUAUAACACACGAGGCCAAAUUUCAAAUAAUGCUGAGUUUAAGAUGGUGUGGUGUAUACAUCUGGGAUCAUCAUCAAAAGUGAUGCUGUACAUGCAGGCCAAAUCACCAGUGUAACAGCCUCCCCACCCACCCAGGAUCAUCACAGGGAACGUACCUAGGAACCACCAAAUCACAGGCCUCUGUCAUUUGAUCUAAAGGAGUGCCUCCAUUGGCGGGUAGCAAUAGGAAGUUCUUAUCCUCCCUCUGGACCAGCCACUAGAGGGGAAUGAGACACCAUUGGCCACCGUAUUACACCUACACCCUAUGGAGCUGCAAGGGUGCAGUGAGAGCAGCCUGGCCUGUGAUUCACACCCCCUAUGUUCUGUCCCCUGUGAAUCACUUUACUGAGCCACCUACAUAGCAUCUGUUUGGAAAAGGAAAGAGAAGUGCUUCGCUUUGUGGCUAUUUCACAUAUUGCUCACUCAAGCCACCAUAACAUUCCUAGAUCAGCAGAGACUAGAGAAGGUUACCUCAAAAAGAGCAGAGGAGUCAGGUUCCUUACACUCAGCAUACUGACCCCUGACACCGUGUUGCUUGUUCCUUGAGUCACCACCAAAGGAAAAAAGAUGCCUAUGUAGGAUGAAAGGGACAAAAUGUAUCCCUGGUUUAACUCCACUCAAGUCAAUGUUACACCAGAAAUUGAUCUGAAUCUAAAAAAGAAAGCCAAGCACAGAGCACACAUCCUUUAUGGAGAAGUCCUAUAUGAUUUACCAAGGAUGAAAAUAAGGGUCUGUAGAAAUGGAGUCGGGAUCUCUGGAAAUUGAAAAGCUAUAGGAUACAGAAGAACAGUGGUAUGGGGUUGUUUUUUUUUUGGUUUUUUUUGAAGCAGCCUCUAAAAUAGGGGUUAUCCACCUUUUACUUUCUGAGGCCAACAUGCUGUCAAAACGCCAUGGCCCAGCUGGGCCACUGCACCUGCUUUCCUGCAUAUAAAUGCCAGGGUCGGCGUUAAGGGGUAGCAAGCAGGGCACUUGCCUGGGGCCCCACACUACAAGGGAGACCACAAAGCUAGUUGCUCAGGCUUUGGCUUCAGCCCCAGGUGGUGGGGCUCAGGGCCCCUGGCUGCAGUCCUGUGCAGCGGGGCUUCAGCUUUCUGCCCUGGGCUCGAGCAAGUCUAAUACCGGCCAUGCUUGGUGGACCACCUGAAACCUGCCCGUGGUCCCCACAGGGGGCCCCGGACACCUGGUUGAGAACCACUGCUCUAGAGUUUUGCAGCAGGCACACAUAAUUCUCUGUUAAAUCUAGAGAGAGGUUGACAAACUUACACAGAGCAUAACAUUUCCUAUUAUAUUCCAUAGGUCUUUUCCAUAAAGGUUUAUUAGGUGUUUCCCUGUAGUCAUUGUGUACUAGUAGCUAACUCAUGGCUUGCAAAGCCAUCUGACUGAAGGCUAAUUAGAAUUUUGGUGGCUAAGUUAAUACGUGUGCAUGACUUCUACCAGACCUUACUGUAAAAUUACCACAGUGGCCCUAGAGCUAUUAACACACAAUGCCUGCAUCAAAUAUGUUUUUAGUUGGGUAGAUUAUAAGCUAUUAAAACAACCUAUGGAGUUGUACUGCAGGAGACAUAUUGCAGGAAACAGUCAUGCUCUGUCUCCCCCGAGAUGUACUGGAUGAGCUAAUAGGUCUUGUUCAUCUAUAAUACCUGGCUGUCCAAAGAGGUCUGUGCAAUGCAAACAAUCCAGAUUCUCUCUCUUUCGCCCUCAUGGGGGAUUCAUCCAAGUCACCGGGCUGGUCUGUGCACCAUGGCCUCAAGUAGGCAGAGUCCAUCAGCUACGGAGCACUGUCAGGUGCCCAGGGCAUAUGCUGCGCUGUGCAGCCAGAGGUGCACACUGCUCCGAUUCUGAAGGUCAACCAAGCACCCCACCCUGUGGUGUGUCUGACCAACUGAGCCUUCCCGCCUGUGAUGCCAAAAGGACAUAGAAAGAACAUUGCACUGUCCACUCCUCUAAGCAUGCCCUCUGCUGGUGAAGGCAGCAUUUCCCCUAAACAAUCUGGUUCUCCAUCCAGACGCAGGCAGCGCUUUCGACUGCCCUAUCACUCAAGCUACGUCCUGCAUUGUUAAACUGGCAGCUCUUUCGUUAAAAUCUGUAAUUGGUGGAAGACACGAGGAACUAGACAAAGGCCUGAACCAAAAUCUCAGAUCUGAGCACUCUCAGAAGCCUGGAAAGAGUCCACAUCUGGAUCCAGACUUAGCAAGUCUGGACUCUCUUCUGUAACAUGGCGAACUAAAACCAUAUAUAUAUUUUGGGGACGCUUAGCUAUACACUCCAUUGCUAGAGACCCACUGUACCCAAAGCCAGGGAAAAAGCUCUGUAGCUGUUUGAAAUGUGGCCUUAGGAGAGCAAGCUGCUGUUUCUUCUCCAGCAGAUCCUAAACACAGCAAUGUGCAUAAAUAAUGAGGGAGAAACAGGGGCUACAUAUGCAUGAUAUUGAGGCUGCUCCUAAUUUUCCUUAGAGACAGUAAACAUGGGAGUUGGAUCGAUUGUGUUAUGGAAUAACAGCUCACACUCUUGAAAUCCUGAUUUCAGAAAUGCUAUUGAAGUCUAAAUUGCCUGGAAGCUACCUAGGUCAUCCCACUCCUCACACCCACACAUUUCCCCCUUCCCGUAUUUCGACCCUGCAAAAAAUGACCUGGAGGUCAACUGUUCUACUAAGUUUCUGACCCCAGAGAUUCAUCGGCCUAUUAUGAAUUGUGUUUAAGUGACUAAACAAGAUGCAACCCAUUACUUGGUAGAGACAUCCUGCUGUAGAUAUUCUGGGGGGACUGGGACAGAUAAGAAGGUGGGGGAAGCAUUAUUGAUCUUCAUUAGGAUUUUGUCUCUUGUUACAUGCUUUACCUGACCAGCAGCACUCAGUCGACCCAUCGUGGCCUUUUCCCAUCCACGCUAGCAGCAGUCCUGACCCGGGAAGAAUUCUGAGGCACUGAAUUCAUUUCCUGGAAUGUAGCCAGAUGUGAAGGGCGUGUCCUAGCACAGCAGUGAUUGCCACCUGUAACAACGUGCAUUGCACCAGGUUAAUUCUGUGCUAGCAGCAAAAGAUUUCAGUGAAGCAAUAAAAAAAUAAAACCUUGUAAAAAUGAAAAACCUUUUUUGUUCCAUGCAUUACAACAAACCACUUUAUUACAGGAAAUAAUAAUGCUUUUCCAAUUCUUAAAAACUCCACUAUAUCAGUGGCUUUCCCUUUGCCCAGCAAUGCCCGUCUCUCCACGUGUUCUUUUUAAUUGGGCAUCAUUCUCAGAUUGUGAUGUCAAUUGCAGUCUGAACCUGUGUCGAAUCUGCAAAACAGAUUUCUUCCUUUGCACAACUGAGUUUUAAACAUUCAUUUCCACAGCUAGUGUUGGAAAGAAAACAUUGGACUACUCUGGUUUUCAAUUUUUUGUUUUGUUUUUCAUUUGUAAAUAUUUAACCCCCAUCUCUGUCUAAAACCUCCUGGUCAUUCUAAUACAUUCUACAUAUUUAUUUACCUUUUUAAAAAAGAAAACAAUUAUUUUGUGUUAAUCUACUUUCCCCCCCAGUGAUAAAUGCAUAUCUGAGGCUGUAUAGAAAGGCUUACAGCAAGACGAUAGAGAAAUGUUUAAUAUAUGGACUUAUACACGGACUGCAUGAGCAACGAAAAAGGCCAAAAUAUCCAGUUAUCUUUCUUUGGGGGAAAAGGGGGGGAGAAUCGCUGUAAAAACUUGAUUUUUUGUAUAGAGAACACUAAACAUAUAAUAAAAACAUUGUUCAAAACUGAA